AUGCUGUCCACGCAACUCCUUACAAUCAUCGCCAGUGGCCUCUUCACGGCCGAUCACGUUACCAUCCCGAAGGGAAUUCGAUUAAAGCAACUUGAUCGGUUUGACAUGGACGUUUUUGACAAUGCUGAUCGAAUCAGCUACCAGACAGACGGUAUGAUGGCGGCUACACUGGUCCUUGAUGAUGGCAUGGAACUUCCACGAUGGACAUAUGAUUCCUUUGCAGUCUCCCAAGUGGCCUUUGCAGAGCAAGUGGAUCAGGGAGAGGAUUAUCAAAGAAUUCAUACGACAGUCCCCGCAGUGCGUGCAGUUGCAAACUGCACUGAUAUUCAUGCUUCGAAGGUCACCAUCAAACGGUACAAUGACACCUAUAACCCGAGGUACCUGACUGUACCCUUCGAUCUUCUUCCCCGUUGUGGAGACGCCAUACAGGGGGCUACGAACGAAACAUUUUCUAUGGGCGGUAUCUCGGAAGACUUCGCUUUUUGGGUGGACAGAAGCUCGGAAUGGUAUCGCUGUCCGGAGUACCUUGUCCUUGCAGGGCAUCUGGAUCACGAGAAAAACAAUAGCUGGAAAGCGCUCGCCCUCCACUGCACGCCAUACUUGGAAACAAUUGACGCACAAAUCGGACUGACGCAUCCUGAUCUUCUGGAAAUCCGCACGUCAAAACCGUAUCUCAACGAAGCCUCGCGCAAGUUUGCCAUUGUAGCUGAGAUACCUGGAAUCGCCACGAAUCUCCUGAUGCCCUACAUAGACCAUCCGGUAUCCGGACCGAGCCUUUCAAGCAUUGAGAUGGGGUCUGCCACCGUGGACGGAUUCUUUGGGACGGUCCUCCGGCAAGGGGCCCCGAUCGCCAGUCUGACCACAAACAUUACAACACUAAAGUCGGCUGUGGAGGACAUGUACCCUCGGAUUGUUGCGCAGAUACUAAACGUCAACCGUGUCGCAGCCGACCAAGGCAUUCUCGAAGGAACAGGCCAACUCCAGAACCAACUGCGGCUCACACAAAACGGCCCUUCGACGCGUAUCUUGCAGGCGCUGCUCGCUGUGAUGGCGCUCAGCACGGCAGCGACGUUUAUGCUCGGCAGCAUGAAGCGUGUGUUGCCAAAGAACCCUCGCAGCAUUGCCGCGAUGGCGACCUUCUUGGAGGGCUCGUCUCUGUUGGAUGAAGAUGUUAUCCCGCGCGGCUCGGAGUGGUGUACGGACAGGGAGCUCAAACGGUUGGGUCUGUUCGAGAAUCUCACGAUCAGCAUUGGAUGGCGGGGUAGCUUCACGGGAGAUGCGAGGGGAAGUGCAGAAUGGAAAAGAUUUGGCAUUAACGUUAGGACCGCAACAUAG